AUGUCGCUGGACCUGGCGACAUGGGGCAUCUCUACAUCUGAACAACUUGUGCAGGCUCUUAAGCGUAGCGAAGGCUAUAAAAAUCGACAACCUAACGCUGCAGGCGGCGUCCCAACAAUCAAGAUCCUGCAAGCAGCAUGGAUCGACAAUGCUGUUUAUAUUCCAAGAAAAGCUGAGCUUUUGCUGGAAUGCAUCCUCGAAGUUUUAACCAUGAGUGCAAAAAACCCUGCCAAGUUGGGCACGAAGUACCUGGAGGUUUCUUACUGGCAGCUGCUGGAGCAUGUCUUGGUCGGCCUACGUGCCCAGCACGAUUUCCUUCACGCGCUUGUGUCAAAGCAUAACAUACUCGUGCUGGUCUCUGCUGUCACUCAGAAUGCUUCCAUUGACGUAUGGGGUGCCGCUCUGCCGGUGCUCAAGGUUCUGCUUCCGGUGAGUAUACGCCGCAUUGGCGCAAGUCAAAUUGAAUUGAUCAAUGCGUGCUUUCGCGAUUUGAUCAAGGCUCUUCCUCGUGCAUGCACACUUGCAACAAUGCAUCUGAUGGUCACUCUCUUCGACGCAAUCAUUAAACCGUGGUACUCAGAUGUCGAGCUCGGUGUCAAUGCAAAGAAAACGGCCAAGAACUUUGUCAGCGAGAUACUUUGUCCGUAUGCGGCAGCUCGUAUCCAUGUCGGCUCCUUCGGGACGAAUGAAGCCUCUGUUCUCAUUUCGCAGCUCGAUUAUUUUGCGACUGUGUCUUUGUACGGGCCGCAGCGCCUCGGAGGCAAGCCCAGUGGAUCGUUGCCCGAUUCCGUCGACACACUGGUAGAGUCUCUGACGGCCUUGCUCAAGUCGUCAUCCACUUCAACUGAUAUAUGCGAAAUACUGUCGCCUUUGCUGUAUAAUUUGGUCGAGAAGGUAUCGCCUUCGUCUGAACGAGCCCAAGCACCGCCGGCACACACGCGACACGCUGUACUAGAACGCUUUCUUUUGCCUAUCAUGACGUCGCUCUUGCCAAGUUCGCACACUCUACCCACGGUGCUAUCGCUUCUUCGAAACAUCGACGAAGCAGCUUUAUACCAACCUGGUGGGGAAGAUCAAGACACUUGGCUAGCACUGUGGGCCAAGUUGGUUACGUACACACUGAAGGAAUCAGAAUCGCCCCAGCUCAAAGAUCGUCCUGAAUGUUUCCUCACGCUCCAUGCCUUAUGGAACAUUUGCACUGAUGAGGUGGCCCCUUUCUUGUCUGUCGUUUUGACGCGUAUAUCUCAAGUGUCACUCGGCGAGCCAGCAUGGGAAGCCGCCAUAAACCUGAACCACGCUAUUCUUUCUCAUUUUGCCGCCGAGCGACGCAUGCCACGACUUGUUGAGUUUCUGUGUGAGACACUGCAUCAUAUGUGUCGCGAGUCGCCCCAGGCCUGUGGUCCAGUUGGUGCAUAG